AAAGUCCCUAAGUAUUGCCCGUAUAAUCGAUUUAGCCCUUAUAUAUUUUUUUUUGCAAUUUAGUCCUAAAUACCUGUAAACGUAAUCAAAACGAGAUAUUUAAUAGGUUAGCCGGUAUCCCACCUUACGUGUACAAGUGAGUUUUACCCUUCCAUUUCCACUGCAUUCGACGUCUGGUAAAUCGAUUGAGAGAAAAAGAUAGGGUUUUUACAGAGUGAUACACGAAAGAAGUAAGGUUUUACUCAGAGAAACGAAGGUAAAACCCAAUGGUUGUCGAAUCAGAAGAAGUUCGCCAUGAGUCAUCUGAAGAAUACGACUCUGAAGAAUACGAAGAUGAUGACGAGGUGCUCGAUACUGAGCACAUAGAUGUGGAACUGGAAGAAGAUGAUUUCAAGACACAGGGUAAAGAGAGAUGCAAGGAUGCUUUCCUUAACUUCAGUUCUGAUUAUGAAGAUAAUGAAGCCGAUGAAGACAAUGACUUAGUUGAUGAAGAUGAAGAAGGGUUUGGUUCAGAAGAGGAAAUCGAUGACACAGCAGGGGCUAAUGAUCUUGAUUUGGGAGAUGCGGUUGGUGCAGGCUUCCCCAUUCACGACCCAUCAGUUAAGUGGAAUAAGAUGAAGCCCCUUCUUGGUGAAAGGUAUGAAUCACCACAUCAGUUGCAACAAUGUCUCACUAAUUAUGCUAUUAAGUCAGGGUAUAACAUUAAAUUUGCGAAGUGUGACACUGUGAGAUUAACUGCCAAAUGUGGUUCUAAGAUGAAGUCUCAACCCUGCCCAUUCAGAGUUCAUGCUUCCUGGAUGACUCAAGAAAGGUCUUUUCAGAUUAAAACCUUAGUCGAUGAGCACAAAUGUGUUAGAAAUUUCAAUAUUUCAAAUUUACUGAGUCCCAGAUGGCUAGCAAGACACUUUUUGAAGGAGUUGAUAAUGAAACCUAACUUGAAGUGUAAGGAGAUGCAAUCAAUAAUUAGGACCAAAUUUCAUUGUGGUGUAUCUUGGUCUAAGGCUUACAGAACAAGGUGUAGAGCAAUGACCAUUAUAGAUGGUAAACUUACAGAACAUUAUGCUAGGGUGUGGGACUAUUGCCAUGAGUUACUAAGGUCAAAUCCUGGUAGCACUGUCCAAGUUGGUGUCACUGUAAAUCCAGAUCAAACAACAUACUUUCACAGGAUGUAUUUGUGUUUUAAAGCAAUCAAGGAAGGUUGGAAAAUAGGGUGCCGUAGGGUAAUUGGUCUAGAUGGAUCUUUCUUGAAAGGGACAUGUAAAGGAGAAUUACUCACAGCAAUAGGGAGGGAUGCAAACAACCAAGUUUAUCCAAUUGCUUGGGCAGUUGUUGACAUUGAAAACAAAGCUAAUUGGAAAUGGUUUUUGGAACUGCUCACAGAGGAUCUUAAUCUGCUAGAUGGAGGAGGGUUUACUGUAAUUUCUGAUCAACAUAAGGGAUUGCUUGAAGCAACCAAAGAAGUCCUACCAAAUGUGGAGCAUAGACAGUGUGCAAGACACAUAUAUGCUAACUUUAGGAAGACCUAUUCUGGAGUGGAGUUCAAGAAUAUGUUCUGGGCAGCUUCCUUAUCAACUGUAGAGAGUGAAUUUCUCAGGAAAAUGGAUGAUAUAAAAGAGGCAGAAAAGUGGGAAUCAGUGGUUUGUCCAGCUGCUAUCAAAAAAAUGAACAAGUUUGGAGAGGAUUUGAGGAAUUGGAAUGUGAAUCCAAGUGGACCAUCUAUUUUUGAAGCCAGGAAUGGAUUAGAAGGGUACGUGGUUAACUUACAAAGCAGAGUGUGCAGCUGUAGGCUUUGGGAUAUCUCAGGAAUUCCAUGUGUACAUGCACAGUGUGCAAUAUUAUUCACUGGACAAGAUCCUGUUCAUUUCAUAAGUGAGUGGUUUCAUGUGGACAGGUUCAAGGCCAUAUAUGCAAACAAUAUACUACCUGUGAAUGGUAGAAAUUUAUGGCCUAGAACAUCAUACAUAAAGCCUCUACCCCCUUUAGCUAGAAGAAUGCCAGGGAGACCAACUCUGAAAAGAAAGAGGCAUGCCACUGAAUCUCAAGACAAAUACUCCCAAAAUAAGAUGAAGGUUACAGGAAAAGGAAGGACUGUCCAAUGCAAAAAUUGUCUUCAAAGGGGUCAUAACAAGGCAUCCUGUAAGAAUCCCAAGGUCACACCAGAACCCAAACCCAAGCAAAAAAUGGGUAGACCAAGAUUGGAUCCUAAUAUCAGUCAUUGGACUAGAGGUGGUGUAAGAGGUGGUGUCAGAGGUAGUAGAGGUGGUGCAAGGGGUAGUAGAGGUGGUAGAGGGGGUAACAGAGGUGGUGCAGUGGGUAACACAGGUGGUGGAGUGGCUGAAGUUGAAGGUGGUGGAGUGGCUGAAGUUGAGGAUGACACUAUUCCUGAAAAAUAUUUAGUCCAUUUAUGGAAGGCAAUGCAAGAUUUGAAACUAUCACGGUAUUCAACUGAAGAAAUUAAAAAGUCACUUAGUCUGACAGAUUCACAUAUGAAACAACUCAAUGAUUACAAUGACACUAUUGAACAAGUUCUUCCUAUGUCUAUGGAAGAGGAGUAUCCACCUCAGACAGAGACACAAGAUGGGGAUGAAGAAAAUAUCCCUGAGACACAACCAGAAAGUGAGGAAGAAGAAGAAGGCAUUAAUGACACCCAUGAAUUACCAGUACACCUUAGGAUUGUGAAAAAAAGAAGGCCCUCUGAGAGGAUUGUUAAAACCAAGCUGAAGAAGAUGGGAUGUGUUGGGACUUCUUCAAAUUCACCAUUGGAGUUGGAUUAGGGUGUUAGGGUGUUAAGGGUAGUAAGGGUAUUUUGGUACAUCUUUUGUGAAUGCUACUUUUGUGCAUCUUUUGUGAAUGCUACUUUUGUAUAUCUUUUGUGAAUGCCCUUAAAUUACUGAUAACCAUAUUUUGUACAUCUUUUGUAAACACAUUGAAACAUUGUGAAUGCCCUUAACAUGGUUGGUAAUGACAUAUUGGAG